AUGAAGAACCCAGCCAGGCAAAAACGAUCCUCAGAGUUCGGAAUUUUCGACUUCCUAAAAGAUGUCGCAGAGACCUCUGGUAGAUGGGUCAACUGGCAAAUCAUUCGAGGCAAACGAUAUGUAUGGUGGGAGACUGAUCGAGACGUGCUAUCUCGAUGGGCGCAAUCGAUCAUCGAAACAGAAGAGCGUCUGCGCGAAAUCACCCAACACGAGAUCUUCAUCAAGGACUGUAUCCAGAAAGUCGGUGCCCGGUCCGACGAAACAGCCAAAAUCGUUCUGACGGAUAUGAUCGAGGAUAUGAUAUCCCUAGACCACGAGUACUCGCGCAUCGAACGCAUAUAUGACACGAUGGUAGCGGGUUGUCCUGUCAGCCCUAUCAAGAGCGGAUAUCUGUGGAUUCGAAAGCAGCCGCAGUGGCAUCUUAAGAAUGCUGUGAAAAACCUCCUGAUUUGA